GAAUCAACAGUUCCCCACGACCAGCUGGUCCAGUGCAUGCAAAACACCGUCAAUUUCCCGAAGAGGCAGGAAAAGCUUGGGGAUUUCUCCCCACCUUGACCCAUUUGCUGAUACACAGAACACACUCCGACCUGGCAGAGGUCAUGUUCUGAGCCACCUGAUGAUGCGAGGCCCAGAAACGGACAGCGAUCACUCGGAGUCGGGUUCCUCCACGGACAGCGGCUCCAGUGGACUGGGGGGAGUGGGCCACAAGCGACGGAGCACCAGGCGCCCGGAUGUUUUCAGCCUGAAAGCCAUGGCGCCCAGACCCAAUGCCGGACCCGGCGGCUGGUUAUGUCUACUACUGCCCUUGGCCCUGGGCGUCCGCCUGUUGCAUGAUCCGCCGAAAUGCAAGGACCAGGCCAGGAUGCAGUGGAUCCUCGCCGCCUCCGCUGGCGGCAUGGCCCUGGAAACCCUCUGCUUCUUCAUCUACGCCUUCGUCAAGACGGGCAUUCUGGUCAAGUGCCUGGUGAGCCUGCUGCCUGGCGUUGUCACCAGCUUGACCUUCUAUCUCCUCGUGGACACCUCCGUCACCUUCGCCCUCAUCGUGGGCUUCCUGAUGACCUCCGCCUAUCAGCAAAUCUAUAUUUACACCCUGCGAGGCUUCGGGGGAUCCUUCACCUAUGGAGAGGCCUCUGUUUUCGUCCAGGGACUGGUACUCUUCGCUAUUACUGCCAUCCACCAGCUCGGCGGGUUUCUGUGCGGCGGUCCCUGGCCAACGGAGGAGUUUGAGGUCCUCAACAUGAUUAUGGUGAAUGCCCUAUUCUGGCUGCUGGUGUUCUGCCUGGCUCUCGUCUUGUUCCCGUCGCUGAGGCAACCGUACCGCUUCUACCUGUGGACGCUGCAGCUCCUGCUGGCGGUCACGUGCAUGCCCGUGACGCGGCCCCUGCCUCUGUUGGCCCUAAUCCAGUUCCUGCUCCGGGACCGCGAUCGCCUCAGCAUCUUGGUCUUCUAUCUGCUGCUGGUGGUGCUAACCUGCAUUACUGUAGCCUGGCAAAUUGGCAGCGCCUCCAAGGCCAACACACGCGUCCGGAAGAUCUUCCAUCUGCUAAUAGUGCUGGUCUACAUCCCAGGAUUGGUGUUCGAAUGCGCCCUGCUGUACCUGGCCACUGGAGUGGCAUUGGCUGCUUUUGUGGUGCUGGAAAUUCUGCGUCUCCUGAAGAUUCCUCCGUUUGCUGACAGGCUGGCGGAUGCUUUCCAGUCAUUUAAAGAUGAAAAGGACGCCGGCGAACUGGCCUUGACGCCGUUCUGUCUGCUCAUUGGUUGCUCGAUGCCCAUUUGGAUGACCCCGUGUCCCUGUGCCGGAGGCGAUACGUUGGCUUUGCUCUCGGGAAUACUGGCAGUGGGCGUUGGAGACACGGCAGCCAGUGUAGUGGGCUCAAAACUUGGCCGCAACAAGUGGGGAAAAUCCUCCCGCUCGCUGGAGGGCACCGUGGCCUUUGUGGUGUCCAUCCUCUUAGCCGUCUGGCUCUUGGAGAUUUCCGGCUUGGUGGCUAUGACCCAGGCCAAGUGUUUCGCUACCAUUUUCGCGGCUUUGAAUACCGCUUUGGUGGAGGCCUUCACCGACCAGGUGGACAACCUGGUGCUGCCCCUAAUAUUCUAUGCAAUAGUGGGCUUGGCCUAGUUAAUCUGCAAAUUGAUGUAAAUAAGUUAUGAUGAUCGUAUUCCUCGGUGUAUUUAUGUGUAAAACUCCUCGGUGUAGUUAAGCUUAGAGUAAGACCUUUGGUUCAAUUGCAACCAAUAAUCAGAUCUAAAUAAAAAGUUUCAAAAACUAAAAGACCAUUCUAACAA